AUGUGUAUCAAGGUUAUCCCAUAUGGCAAAUGCACCAAGCCCGACUGCACCACGCGAGUUAAGUGGGAGAAAAGGGCGGAGCUCAUUCCGUGCCAGCUGAGCCAGGAAGGGAAGCAAUGCCAGACAACCGAGCGGUCUAAAGACAUAGAUAUUGUCUGCGAGGACUGCCAACUGGAGGAGGUGGGUGGAGGCUAUGAGUACGGGCCGACCCCUCUCCCCAACCCUUCGAAGUAA